GCACUCUCGUAUGUCUGCAGGCGUUCAGACAGGUGAAUGCAUUUCAUUGGCUGGCGGGAGGCAUGAUGCCAUCCAGCAGCUCUUUUUAAGAGAAAAGCCAGGACCAGAGAAACAGCCACCCCUGAGCACUGCCUUCUGUGCUGUUCUGUGGGACGUAGCUGCGGAGUCAGGCCAACAUGAGUGAGAGACAAAGCGCUGGAGCGACCAACGGAAAAGACAAGACUUCGGGAGAUAAUGAUGGGCAGAAGAAAGUCCAAGAAGAGUUUGAUAUCGACAUGGAUGCACCAGAGACAGAGCGUGCGGCUGUGGCCAUUCAGUCCCAGUUCAGAAAAUUCCAGAAGAAAAAGGCCGGAUCACAGUCUUAGUGGGGAAGCUGCUUCCUAGGCAAUCCGAAGACACUGAGUUCAACCACCACCCAUCGAGAGAUGAAAAGAACAAUACCCUAGAGAGACGUCAUCCACACAGCAUACACCCCGCGGCAAACCUGAAAUGCAUGUACAGAAACCCUUAGUAUUUAUGCCCCUAUAGGAAGGUGUGCACAUUGAAAUUGUGAGCAGCUUAAUCGGGUUCUCUCCAUUACAGUUCCUCUGCAACUAUUUUCCUUGAUGUUGUAAUAAAAGGAGGUAAGAUAAGUGAA